GAAAUUGCCGUUAUGAAGGAGCUGGACCACCCAAAUGUAGUGAAGCUUUAUGAGGUUAUCCAUGACCCGAGCAACAAUAAACUGCUGAUGACCAUGGAGUACGUGGAGGGCGGUUGCGUGCCUAUUCCCGAAGCAACGGCCGUCAAGUACUUCCGUGAUGUCGUGAAGGGCCUUGAAUAUCUGCACUUCAACCGAAUUGUGCAUGGCGAUUUGAAACCGGAUAACUUACUCAUGAGCAGCUCGGGAAAGGUAAAGAUUUCAGACUUCGGGUCGGCGCGGUUUUGCGAGAAAUCCGAUAUGAUUUUUGCGACGGCGGGGACGCCCAGCUUCAUGGCACCGGAGAUGUGUCAAGGGAAACAGUUCAACGGCUUCCCGGGGGACAUUUGGGCCCUGGGUAUCUGCCUCUUCAUGUUCGUCUUCGGCAAGCCUCCGUUCACCGGCACCACCACCUAUCAGAUAUAUGAGGCGAUUCAGCGAGGGGAGCUGCAGUUUCCCCCUGAGAUUCCCGCGUCGACAGAACUUAGGGACCUGUUGACGAGGUUGCUGCAAAAGGAUCCUGCUCAACGAAUUAGCUUGGAGGAGAUCCCUGCCCAUCCAUGGGUC